AUGAAAGCUGCGCAAUGGAAAGCUUUACAAAGCGUUUCGUAUGUCGGCGUGCUCACUUUUCUCGUCGAAAUGCUUCUUUUCGUCGUGUUUCUCUUUAUCUAUCAUUGUCGACAACUCAGUAAAAAGAAAAAGAUUGUCCAGGGAUCCGAGCCGAGCAAAAAAGCACAAAAGGAACGCAAAAGCCUGCUCACAGUGAUCCAGGAACCGGUCGACGUCCAGAAAAAACCUGGCAUUGAGAAGGAAGUUGAAGCUUUGUGUGAUACGCAGCCACUCUCACCAGGCGACAAUUCGACAGAGCCGUGGCUAAACGAAUCGAUGUAUGAACAUGAUUGCACAACGGCACGCGGAGUUUUAAAUCAAGAAAAUGAAGAUCCACUUUUCACGCCGCUUGACGACAUGCAAGACACUCAGCUACCCAGAGAAGAGCCUUUCACACCAUAUCAGUGCCGACCGAUCUACGAUCUUCCCGAUAUGGCGACAGUUCACUAUGUUUCGAACAUCGGGAAACCUAACGGAUAUCCUCAAAAGAUGCCAAAAAAUAAUCUGGUUGCGUUCCCUGCAGAGACGGGAAUGCUGGUGGAAUUAGAGAAAAUGGCGCAAGCCCCAAACCAUGAUGGAUACAAUCAAAAGCCGUAUUCACCGUAUGAUUACAUGAAAAGCGAAUCGUUUGACACACUGCCGCAGAGAGCACCACAACCAGCACUCAUUCUUCGAGCACCGUCCAAGGAAUACAAUGUUGCGACCAAAAAAGCCACGAAA